ACAGUACGAUAGGUGGCGUGUGUUCUAAUGGUGACUAUUUUUCUCUGAAAUACUAGCUGAAGAGGAAGUAGCAGCAAAUAUGUUUUAUAUCUGUGGUAGCAGUUUACUUGUUGAAUGACAAACUUUUUUGUGUGUUUUAUUGCUAAUUUGAUUAAACAAAUAUUUACCUUGAUAUAGGAUAUCGUAAUAGUAUCUUCGUUAAUACAUUGCAUUUGGACUGAGAGGAAAUGCGGGACCGAACUAAGGAACUUGGCAAUACCGCAGAGGCGUCAGACGAGGAUGAAGAGGGCAGGGCCCUUAUGGUCAAACCGGGGAUUUCUACAGUGAAGGAAGAGAAGGAGAAUGAUGCUUUUUUCAAGAAGGUCCAAGAGAUUCGAGGGGUAAUGGAGAUGCUUAAAAAGGUGGUCUCUGACCUUGAGAACAAACAGAAGACAGUGUUGGGUGUGGCACUGCCAGAGGACGGUAUGAAAAGGGAACUUCAAACCCUUCGGGAAGAGAUCAAAACAAUGGCAAUGCAGAUCCAGAAGAAACUGAACACCAUUGAACCCAAAAAAGGGGAUGAUGAUGGGAAAUACGUUCCCAUAAACCUAAGGAUGCAGAGAGCACAACAUGGUGUCUUGUCUCGAGAGUUUGUGGAGUUGAUGGACCACUGUAACACCAUCCAGGCUUCCUACAGAGAUCGCAACGUGGAGAGGAUACAAAGGCAGCUCAGAAUAACAGGCACCAAUGUUACAGAUGAGGAGUUGGACGGUAUGCUUGAAAGUGGACAGACUGAUGUUUUCACACAGAAUAUCCUGAUUGACGCUAAAGCCACUAAGCAGGCACUGAAUGAGAUUGAGUCCCGGCAUGAUGAGAUCCUUAAACUGGAAAGGAGCAUUAAGGACCUGCAUGACAUGUUCCGGUACCUGGCCAUGGAGGUGGAGGCUCAGGGGGAGAUGGUCAACCGCAUUGAAGCCAACAUCAUCAAUUCAACUAACUAUGUAGAAAAGGCAGUGGUAGACACUGCGAAGGCUGCCACCUACCAAAACAAAGCACGCAAGAAGAAGAUAUGGAUUGCGUUAUGCUGUGCCAUUCUCCUCCUCAUUUUAGCAAUCUCAUUGGCUAUCAGCUUCUCCUGAGAUCCUGAUUGUCAUCUUCCUCUAACCCACUUCUGCCCUGGGACCUUGAAGAGAAGUCCUGUCUUAUUGAUAUCACUGACCUCUUAACUAUCGAUACCCUGGCACAGACCGGGAGGCACACAGGCACAAACAGCCAUUGUCUCUCAUGCUCAUACGUUAACUGCCCCACUUUCAGCAAAAGGCAAUGCUGAAGUUUUUUUGGGGCUCUCUGUGGUGCCCUUUUCUUCAAUGGCACCCUAAAUGAAAAUGUGUGGACAACUCCGUUACUUACUCAACUUGUUGGACCCAUACGUGUCCCCAAGGAAGAAUGCAGUAUUUGAACCGACACUGACAAGGUGCUGAUCAGAUUUGCUCAGGAAAACUAAAGUGCUUAAGUGAUUCUUAUUGUAUUAGUACAAAGUGGGGAAAAAAAUCAUUUUAAGCGCUUAUGGCUUCUUGUUUUUAAAUGCAGAUCUAGAAUAAUAAAAUUGUAUAUCGCCAAUUUAUUAUUUGGUGAGUAAUUAAGACGUGCAGUUAUCAAAUUUGAAAGGUGUCUGAAAUGAGUUCCAUGUGACUCUUUUAUAAAGAAUUGGCACUUGAAAUGUCUCUCCCAUUAGGAGAAUGUGGUCUAAGCAUGUCCUAUUCACUUCAGUAUUUAUUUAUAAUUUUAAUAUUAUGGAAGCUGCUAUGUUUAGUCGUGCCACAGUAAUAGGAACCCUUAUAGUUAUGGUGCCUUUUUUUCCCUAAUUAACAUUUUCUUGUGUUUGCAAAAAUCUAAGGGCUCUGUCUGAGAUCAUGGAGUAUAGUAGCGUACUACCUUAUUUUAAAGAAGGGAUGGAAUCUGUUCUGUAAUUAUUCAAUGCUCUUCUGCUUCAAGAACUAACCAUUUUAUAUCAGAUUUGUUUUUCAAACCGUGAAGAGAUCAGCCAUGGUACUGUACCCUAGCCUUAAUUCUCUGUGCCCACUAGCUCCUCCCUAUGAAGUGACAAGAGGAGCUAAAUACUUGUACAGUAUUUGGCGAAGGGAGAAACGGGAUGAGUGAGGAGAGCAGUGAAGUACAUUGUUACUGUAUAUUAUGUGGCUGUUGAAUUUUGUAUCAAAUGUUCAGCAAUUUUAAUUUUAAAAAAUGAAAUGGGUUUAACUGUUGCCCAGAUUAAAGUUAGCAGAGUAUG